CAGACUUACUGACGCAUGUGAACAAAGUUAAUGUAACACUUGAAAAUUAUCGCAGCUGAUUUGCUGUUUAAAAUGUUCUAAGAACCCAGGAAAGUUUCCGACCUCCCUGGUAUUUACUGAGAAAGGCAGUACUGUCGUUGAAGUACCACUACCGGCGUCCACCGCUUUAGCUGUAUAGCCAUGUUGUUGACAGAAUGUAUUAUACGUUUAUUAUAAUACAUGUCGAAUAGAAAAGAGAUUAAAAAGCCAUGUCCCCAUCACAUUGAUAUACAAUUACAGUUUAUGUUUUGAAAGCAAUAAUAGUGAGGUUAUCCAACUUGAUGACCCUCGUUAUCAGUUGCUAACGCACACAAAACUAUCGGUGGGGUCUUGUUAUUCAAUUAACGCCUGUUGAAACAGUCUCUAUACAGGCACCAUUGCACUACAUCAGCAUCAAAUAGUACACAGAAGCACAUUUUCAGAAACAAUCAUGGCAACAGGUGGUAACAUAGCUUUGUUAUCUGUAUCAAACAAAAUUGGUCUGGUAGAAUUGGGCAAAAACCUGCAUGGUCUAGGGUAUACUUUGGUAGGUAGUGGUGGUACAGCAUCAAUUUUGAGAGGAGCAGGACUACCGAUCAAAGAUGUUGCUGAAAUUUCUGGAGCACCAGAAAUCCUUGGCGGCAGGGUAAAAACAUUACAUCCUGCUGUACAUGGUGGAAUUUUAGCCAGGUAAUCGGUUUUAGGCGCUUUCAAGCGUAGUAUUUAUUGAUUGUCUACACUUUUAUCUAGACUAUGUAGAUACUGCAUAGACAAUGCAAUCAGUAGCAUAUCUAAGUGAGGAAUAGCCAUGUGGAAAAACUCACCAUUUUUCUGGAUAAAAGCAUUCAUUACAAUAUUAUUUUUGUCUAUAUAGUCGAGCAAGUAACCAACAAAGAAAUUGAUAGAAUACACUUUACUGUAGGUUAAGUAAACACAAUUGAAUAUCCUUCAAGUGGAGAUAAAUGUGAAUAAAUUAGUAGUAACAGAUGUCGCUAAUUGCGAACGUUGCAGGCAAUAAAUAAAUAAGCCCAUUUAUAAAUUUCAAUCCGCCCAGUAGAACAAAUACCUGAUUUGGUGACAUCUUCAGACUGCUAUUGUUAAAAACUUGAAAAGCAUCAUAUAAACAAUAAUGGGCUAGGUAUAAUCUACAAUGCAAUAUACAUGGCCUACAUGAAUAUCAAGUUGUUUACAGAUCUAAUUCACUACUGCAGGUAAUAUCAACUCAAAAUAUUUAAUUAUGCACAUUACAUCAAACGAGGGGUUUUACUGAGCGUUUUGGCUACUUUAUCGCUUUUAAAGCUUCCGAUUUCAACAAAUCUCUGGCACACAUCAACCGUUUCGUGUGUUUUACUUAAACAUUCAAGUACUACAUUGUUUGGCCGAAUCAAACAUAUAUAUGAUGAGGUUCAAAUUUGGCUAACGUCGAAAUGUGUACGAGAGAGAAGCGUCCAAUACGUAUAUCAGAAAGAGUGCACCGAUGGCGUCCGUGGCCGCGUCACUCGGGUUGCUAGGCAACGAGGGCUUCUAUAUCUUUCUAAAACACGUAUUGCACGUUUCUCGCGCCUCUCGUACACGUAACGGCGUCAGUGGUAUUUGGUUUUUAGUGUAUAUGAUUUCAUUUUAUUGCACCACCACGGUGGCUUUGUUCAACUACACUGACAAUAAUGAUAGUAGGAAGACAGAUAAAUAAAAUAUUCUGGCAUUAUUGUUAUUGUAUUUUAAAAAGGCCACCGUGAUGGUCAAAAAAUCGUACAAUACACAGGAAUUUAAACAUAUAUGUGGCUAGACUAUAUGAACAUAAAAACCACAUUAAGUUCAAGUGUCUCACAGUGAACUUCUCUGCACUUUUUCAAAUCCUCUUAUUUUUAAUAUUGUUUUCCUUCAGACUUAUACCCUCAGACCAAGAGGACUUGAAGAAACAGAACAUUGACAUGAUCAAAAUAGUGGUAUGCAACUUAUAUCCUUUUGUGGAGACUGUUAACACACCUAAUGUCACACUGGAUAAUGCAGUAGAGAACAUCGACAUUGGUGGUGUGACUUUACUAAGGGCAGCUGCCAAAAAUCAUUCAAGGGUGACAGUGGUAGUUGAUCCUGAUGAUUAUCCCAAGAUUAUCAGUGAAAUGAGGAAUACCGCUAAUCAGGAUACCUCUUUGCAGACAAGGCAAAACUUGGCACUGAAAGCCUUCACGCACACAGCCGAGUACGAUCUGGCUAUCACAGACUACUGCAGGAAGCAGUUCUCUGCUGGAACCUCCCAGCUAUCUCUAAGAUAUGGCAUGAACCCACACCAGAAGCCAGCCCAGUUAUUCACCACUUUGCCAAGACUGCCUUUAACUGUCGUUAAUGGAGCUCCAGGAUACAUCAAUUUAUGUGAUGCCUUGAAUGCCUGGCAGUUGGUUAAAGAGCUUAAGGAAGCUUUGGGUAUACCGGCUGCUACCAGUUUCAAACACGUUUCGCCAGCCGGAGCUGCUGUGGGAAUUCCUCUGGAUAAAACAGGCGCUAAGUUAUGUAUGGUAGAGGACAUCCACGAUCAAUUGACACCUAUAGCGACCGCUUACGCCAGAGCUCGAGGAGCUGACAGAAUGUCGUCUUUCGGGGACUUUGUAGCCCUGUCAGAUGAAUGUGACGGUAUUACCGCCAAGAUUAUAUCUAGGGAGGUGUCGGAUGGCAUCAUAGCUCCUGGAUACACCACUGAAGCCUUGCAAAUACUUAGCAAGAAGAAGAAUGGCAACUACUGUAUUCUACAGAUUGAUCCAUCGUAUGUCCCAGACCCAAUAGAACGUAAACUCCUGUUUGGUUUAACUUUGGAGCAGCAACGUAACAACGCAGUGAUAGACAAGUCUUUGUUCACUAACAUUGUUUCCGACAACAAAAACUUACCAGAAUGUGCGGUUAGGGAUCUCAUCGUUGCCACCAUAGCACUGAAGUACACGCAGAGUAAUUCUGUCUGUUAUGCGAAAGAUGGUCAGGUCAUCGGUAUUGGUGCAGGUCAACAGUCUAGGAUUCAUUGUACAAGAUUGGCCGGCAGCAAAGCAGAUAACUGGUGGUUGAGGCAGCAUCCUAAAGUAUUAGGUAUGAAGUUCAAAAAAGGAACCAAGAGGGCAGAAAUCUCGAAUGCUAUUGAUAACUUUGUCAGUGGCACAGUUGGUAAAGACAUGGACAGGUCGUUCUUCGAAUCUAUGUUUGAUGAAGUACCAAUAGAAUUUACCGAAACCGAAGUAUCCACUUGGUUGAGUAAACUUAGCGGCGUAGCAUUGGGAUCUGAUGCAUUCUUCCCAUUCAGAGAUAAUGUCGAAAGAGCUAGAUUGAGUGGAGUAUCAUACAUUGGCGCCCCAUCCGGAUCUACGAACGACGCUCACGUCAUCCAAGCAUGUAAUGAACAUAACAUCGUACUCGCACAUACAAACUUGCGACUUUUCCAUCACUAGAUACUAUAUUAUGUUUUUGUAUUGAAUAUUCUUACUGUGAAAAAUAAAAAUUCCACAUUUAA